AUGUCCAUCUUGCACUCGGAAACAAGCGCAGACGACUACCUCGAACGGCGUCCCAUUCUAUAUGAUGUUUCGAACAACCACAUACGCCGCGACCUUUGCAACGCCAUCAAGCAAUGUGUCCAGUUUGCUGAGAGCGUCGACUUCAAAUGCUGCCGUGGUUGCAGCCUCAGUCACUUCCGUGGGUUCUCGGUGCGAUCCUUCGAAGAUGCCCUCGAAGCUGCGUGCCGCAGGAAGCGGGAGCAAAAGGAUCGGGAGGAGCAGCGUCGGUUGCUUGAUGUUGAAGCUGCCGCCGCGGACCGCAGGAAGCGCGAGCAAGACACUCAAGAGGCUGAGGAGCGUCGGUUGCGUGAUAUUGUAGCCGCCGCCAUGGACCGCUGGAAGCGCGAGGAAGAGACUCAAGAGGCUGAGCAGCGUCAGUUGCAUGAUAUUGAAGCUGCCGCCGCGGACCACAGGAAGCGCGAGCAAGAGACUCAAGAGGCUGAGCAGCGUCGGUUGCUUGAUAUUGAAGCUGCCGCCGCGGACCGCAGGAAGCGGGAGGAAGAAGCCGAGGCAGAUGAGCCGCGGUUGCUGGCUUUGUUCUCGGAUCUGAUGGAAUUUCUGAUCGAGCGCGUUGUGAAGGACGUCAUUGAGCCCCGUCAUGCAGCCGCUGCCCAGAUACAGGGCAACAAGUCUGACGCCGAGAACGUCGACGGAGAGGAGCAUCAUGAGAAGCCGAUGCCAAACAACUUGGAGGAAUGGAUAGAAAAGGUUAAGAAAGGUACCGAUGAUGGGGGUUCGGGCUGA